AUGGAAGGAGCAAAAGAAUCAAAACUAGUCAAUGGCAAGAAGAAAAUCCCACCUAAGAUCCUGAUGCCUGAUCACGUUCACAUUAAAGCUGGAAAGAAGCUGAGAAUUGAAGCUCAUGUAUAUGGGAAGCCUCAACCAGUCUGUAAAUGGUUGAAAGGAGAUCAAGAUGUACUUACAUCCAGUCGCCUUGCUGUGCAUAAAGCAGAAAAGUCUUCUGUUCUUAUCAUUAAGGAUGUGACUAGAAAAGAUUCUGAUUUUUACACUCUUACUGCAGAAAAUAGCUCUGGUACUGACAGUCAGAAAAUCAGAGUUAUAGUCAUGGAUAAACCAGGUCCACCACAGCCUCCAUUUGAUAUUUCUGAAAUAGAUGCUGAUGCCUGCACUCUUGCAUGGCAUAUACCUCUUGAAGAUGGCGGCAGUAACAUUACAAACUAUGUAGUUGAGAAAUGUGAUGUUAGCCGAGGAGACUGGGUAACAGCUUUAGCUUCUGUCACAAAGACAAGCUGCAGAAUUGGAAAACUGAUUCCUGGAGAAGAGUAUAUGUUCCGUGUUCGUGCUGAAAAUCGUUUUGGGAUUUCUGAGCCGCUUAUAUCGGGCAAGAUGAUUGCACAGUUCCCAUUUGAUGUUCCUAGUGAACCAAAGAAUGCACGUAUUACCAAGGUCAAUAAGGAUUGCAUUUUUGUUGCCUGGGAUAAACCAGAUAGUGAUGGAGGCAGUCCAAUUACUGGUUAUCUCAUUGAGCGUAAAGAAAGGAACAGUUUACUGUGGGUGAAAGCUAAUGACACAGCUGUGCGCUCCACAGAAUACCCUUGUGUGGGGCUCAUUGAAGGUCUUGAAUAUACUUUCAGAAUUUAUGCAUUGAACAGAGCUGGAGCAAGUAAACCUAGUAAACCAACUGAGUUUGUCACAGCAAGAGCACCAGUUGAUCCCCCUGGAAAACCUGAAGUUAUUGAUGUCACUAAGAGCACUGUAUCACUGAUAUGGACAAGACCAAAGCACGAUGGCGGUAGCAAACUUAUUGGCUACUUUGUUGAAGCUUGCAAAUUACCUGGUGAUAAGUGGGUUCGGUGCAAUACAACUCCACAUCAAAUACCCCUAGAAGAGUAUACUGCUACUGAUUUGGAAGAAAAUGCUCAAUAUCAAUUUAGAGCAAUUGCCAAGACAGCAGUUAACAUUAGCCGACCUUCAGAACCUUCUGAUCCCGUAACCAUUCAUCCAGAAAAUGGUAAGAAAUGUAAAAGUAUUUGA